CCUCGAGCGCCCGGACUGCCCGCUGCCCGCCCGGCCCGGCCCGGCGCCCGCCGCAGCAUGGCCUGGAACACCAACCUCCGCUGGCGGCUGCCGGCCACCUGCCUGCUCCUGGAGGUGGCCAUGGUGGUCCUCUUCGGCGUGUUCGUGCGCUACCAGCCCGACGCCGACGCCCGCUGGACGGAGGACAAGCUGUCCAGGAACGUCACCAGCGACCUCGACAACGAAUUCUACUAUCGCUACCCGAGUUUCCAGGACGUGCACGUGAUGAUCUUCGUGGGCUUCGGCUUCCUCAUGACCUUCCUGCAGCGCUACGGGUACAGCUCCGUGGGCUUCAACUUCCUGCUGGCGGCCUUCGGCAUCCAGUGGGCGCUGCUCAUGCAGGGUUGGUUCCACUCCUUCCAUCAAGGCUACAUUCUAAUCGGCGUGGAGAACCUCAUCAAUGCGGACUUCUGCGUGGGCUCUGUCUGUGUGGCCUUUGGGGCAAUUCUGGGCAAAGUCAGCCCUGUCCAGCUGCUCAUCAUGACUCUCUUCCAAGUGACCCUCUUCUCAGUGAAUGAGUUCAUUCUCCUCAGCCUGCUGGAGGUGAAGGAUGCAGGCGGCUCUAUGACCAUCCACACAUUCGGCGCCUACUUUGGGCUCACAGUUACCUGGAUCCUCUACCGACCCAACCUCUAUCAGAGCAAGGAGAGGGAGAGCUCUGUGUACUACUCAGACCUCUUUGCCAUGAUUGGCUCCCUCUUCCUGUGGAUGUACUGGCCCAGCUUCAACUCAGCUGUGUCCAACCACGGAGAUGCCCAGCACCGAGCUGCCAUCAACACCUACUGCUCCUUGGCAGCCUGCGUGCUCACCUCGGUGGCCCUGUCCAGUGCCCUGCACAAGAAGGGCAAGCUGGACAUGGUGCACAUCCAGAAUGCCACACUCGCAGGAGGGGUGGCUGUGGGGACCGCCGCUGAGAUGAUGCUCAUGCCUUACGGCUCCCUCAUUGUCGGCUUCAUCUGCGGCAUCAUCUCCACCCUGGGUUUUGUGUACCUGACGCCAUUCCUGGAGUCCCGGCUGCGGAUCCAGGACACGUGUGGCAUUCACAACCUGCACGGCAUUCCUGGCAUCAUAGGUGGCAUCGUGGGUGCUGUGACAGCGACCUACACCAGCAGCGAGGUGUACGGACAGGACGGGCUUGUCCAUACCUCUGGCCCAAAAGGUUUCAAGCCUAACUGGACCUCACGCAUGCAGGGCAAGUUCCAAGCUGCUGGCAUCUUUGUGUCCCUGGCCAUGGCCCUGGUGGGCGGCCUCUUCGUGGGGCUCAUUUUGAAAUUGCCAAUCUGGGGACAACCUUCUGACGAGAACUGCUUUGACGAUGCGGUCUACUGGGAGUUGCCUAAGGAACCGAAAGAUGGUGCAGUCCACCUUGAGGACCCCACCUUCAAGCCCUCAGAACCUUAAACUCCCAGGGCAGGCUGGGUGUGAAUGUUCCAGCAAGGCCAGUUUGAGGACCCAAGAGACCUGGCCUCCUGCCCCAGUCCUGGCCGCACACCCCAAGCUGCCGCCUGCACUUCAAGGGAAACCCCCCCCCCAGGCUGAGGAGGAAGAAUAUGUCCUGGAGCCACAGGCAGAGCCCCCUGGCAGGGCUCAGAUUUUGGGCUGGGUGCUUCCCCAAGGCCUGCCCUUACUUCACAUCUCCCAUCCCAGAAACACUCGCUGCGAAAACUGCCAUGCCUGCCGUGUCCUCGGUGGGAUCCUGCUCCGCUUCAAGGGCAUUCAGGCAGCGUUGGGAAGUAGGGAGGGAGGGCUCUUUAGGGUCAACCCCCCCAACCCUUCCCUCCUUCCUCUCUGCCAAGCCAGCCCUGCUCUCCCUCUACAGCGGGGGAGGGUCUCAGCACAUCAGGUCUACCAUCACUUAUUGAGACCUGCCACUACCUUGGGCACAGGGGUAGUUCCUGCCGUUACGGGGUGCACAGUCUGGCUGGGGGGUGGACCUGACACCAGUAUCCACCCUGAGCUCUGACAGGAGUCAGUAGCUUUCCAGAAUGGGUCGCCGGAGCAGGGUUUUGAAGGCUAAGUAGGAGUUUACCAAAAGGCUGGCAGAGGGACAGCUUGGGCAGAGACCCAGGGAUGGGAAUCAACACGGUGAGGUUUGGUAUGGCUGAAAGGGAAGCGGGGCAAAAGCAUGCCAGCUGGCGGAUAAGACGCAGAAUCCAGAUCCUUUGUGGGGCAGACCCCAGGGAAAAGGGGGUGAGGGGGGUGGGAGGAGAAGGCCUCCCCUGCCUCCAAAGCCACCCUCCCCGCCCCCUCACAACUCCCGCGUGCACACACACAGCCCCUUUGCCAGAGGAGGGGCGCGAGGGGGAAGGACGGCGCUGAAAUGCAACCUAUUCAUGUCCCCGCCAUGUAACACCCCUCAUUUUCCAUGCUGGGUAAAGACAAAAACCCUUUACAACCUGUUUCUGGAACUUGUCAGCAGCUGCCAGGAGGAGCAUGUUAAUUAAACGUCGGCAAAGAUGGAAGCCGGAGGCCCCGGCUCUAAUUGGA